GCAUCAAGUUCCUCCCUUCAAGUUCGAGACGGAAUUCGCUGUGAUUAAUAGACCGGUGCGCUUGUUAGAUGGACUAAAACUGCGGAAAGAUGACCUGAACAUUGAACGCCCCACGCUGGAUGAUAUUGUGUGCGAUUCCUCUUUCAGCCCGAAUCAUUCACAGAAAUCACCUUGAAAAAGUAUCAAGGUUACACUCGAUUGCUUUUCAGGAUCGUCUUCUUGCCAUAAGCCACUCAAGUCUGUUGCCGGCGGACGGCUCAAGGGCAUCAUGUCGUCACCACGACGCGCUGAGUGGUCCUUCUUCAGUCUGAAACAAGCACGAGAAGAGGCAACCUCUCAGCUCCCGCGUCUCCUCGUCAAGACAACAUUUGAGAAUGGUUACGAGAUUCUACUUUCUGAUGGUUGCCGAGUGUGGCGUGAAGCUCUCUCAAAUGACAAGAUCGAAUCCCGCGCACGCGAAAUUCGCUGCGCGAUCGAACCAAGCGACCCAGAGAAUCGCGAAGCCUUGUUUGAUCUGAUUAGAAAGUCAUUGUCGGACUCCCAAGAUCAGAAAAAAGAUGCCAAGCUGGGCUUUUCUGCUGAUGAAGAUGGCGAAGAGUUUGGUCUUCGUAUGUCGGCACCUCUGGUUCCACCACUCCCCGAUCUUACAUGGGUCGUUUACUUAAAGCUAUUACCGCCCUCUGCGAUCUCUACCUAUUUGUUGGAUCCUCUGCUGCUAUAUGCCAGCGAGGUACGCGCCCAAGUCGAUCUGCUAAUGACGGAACUUGCAGCCAAAGAUCAUGUCCUCGAGCGAAUCUGCGAUCGUUUGGAAGCAUCGGGGGAUUCUUUGACAGCAGUUUUCCCAGCGAAGGCUGGGCUCAGAUUGAAUAGGAAUAAGAGCCAACGACUGCAGCUUGGUCCGCAUGUACCUGGUCUCGGAACAUUUGACAUCGCGUCAUGGUCGGAAAGAUGGCCGAAAGCGUUGCAAGAAUCAGCUGUUGAUAGUUCAGCACGAAAGGCAGAGGUUUUGCAAAAUUUGCCAGACAUGAAUACAUCACAAAGUACACAAGAUACGAGCAAAUGGUGGCAACACAUUGGGAAUAGUAACCUCGGCCAGGAAGGAUUGGCCACUGCUGUUUCACAAACAAGGGAACAAACUGUGAAGAGCAUCAGCGCGUCGUCGGCGCCUGUUUCGCAUGAAAGGCCACACUUGCAGCGAGGGAAUUUGCAACAACCGAACGCUCUGGACGAGAGCACAAAUGAUGAAGGGUUGCCUGGAAUCGUCCGUAACAAUCCAGUGCCCUCGCGGAACCCCGAAUCAAGUGAGCAAUCUUCGCGGCCACCCGUCAAGAAGCUCGGCGCGGUUGGUGGUCGGUCACGUACUUUAGCACUUACAGUCCCAAAUCAGACUGAUGGCAGGUCAGACAUCGCCUCACCAAACGUGGAAUCGGACCCUGUCGUCAAACCGAAGCGGCUUGGAGCCAUAGGCGGACGAAAGAAAGCCGUCGAGGAAGUUCCAGGGCCGAGCAAUGAAGUACCUGCGACACAGCCUACUUCACAGCUAACGUCACCACCCCCGAAGAAGGCCAGACUUGGCACUAUAGGCGGCAGAGCAAAGCAUUCUGCCCCGCUAGAUGUUCAGCAGAGCACGCCCAAACCAACACAUAAUGUAGAUCCGCCGCCUUCAACGGCAAGUAGCGUCAAACUUGAAAACCAUGAUGAAGAAACCAUGCGCGGUCGGCAAAUAUCAGAAGUUCCAAGUUCACGCGCAAGAGACGAAACGUCACGGGAACGUGCGGAUCGAAAGCGUCAAGAAUUGAAAAGAGAAAUUGGCGAGGGUGAGGGCGCAAGGCAAAAAGCCGCAGGUGCUGUCAAGAAGAAGAUACGCAAGUUUUAAGGUAGACAUCGAAGUAAAAUGUGCUAUUGGAAUGCUAAGCGUCGUGG